ACAGAAAAUUAAUCCUCCCAGGUGCAUGCCUGUAUAAAAACCUUUAGGGUGGUCUGAGAAGAUGCACAGGAAACUUCAAACUCACUCUGCUAAAGAAGCAUUCCUGCUAUGAUCUCCACACAGCACCGGCCACUCCGCAACGAAAUUCAAAGAGCAAUGGACUGCCCAAGCAGAGAGAAGGAGCUUAAUGAACAGCAGUCUGAAUGUCAGGAUGGGUCUAAUUGCCCUGACUAUUCUCCAGCAACAGCAGAAUCCAAUUCAGAAUCACCAAGAAUUCUUAAAAUACUGCAGAAGUGGAUUCCUACAGUUUCUCCAUAUUUUGACAAGGAGCAUUAUUGUUAUGCAGACCACCAGAUCACUAUUCAAGAAUCAUUAGACCACUUCGGAGCUAUAGUAUGGCCCGGUGCAUUGGCUUUAUCUCAGUACCUGGAAUCAAAUCAACAAGAGAUCAACCUAAAAGACAAAAAGGUACUUGAAAUUGGUGCUGGAACAGGACUGGUAUCCAUUGUGGCUAGUAUACUAGGAGCUUAUGUUACAGCUACUGAUUUGCCUGAAGUACUUGAAAAUCUCAAACUGAAUAUUUCAAGAAAUACACAAAAUAUGAAUAUACACCAACCUGAAGUGAGGAAGCUGGCGUGGGGAGAAGACCUCAAUGAAGACUUCCCUAAAUCAACUCACCAUUAUGAUUUUAUUUUGGCAAGUGAUGUUGUCUACCACCAUACAUCUCUGGAUCCAUUACUAACAACCAUGGCAUAUUUAUGCCAGCCAGGGACAGUAUUAUUAUGGGCAAAUAAGUUCAGAUUCAGCACAGAUUUUGAAUUUUUAGAGAAACUUCGCAAUAUAUUAAUCGUUACACUUCUAGCAGAAUUUCCAGAAUCAAAUAUCAAGCUGUUUAAAGCCACAGUAAAAGAGAAUUAAAACAGUCACAGUUCUGAUGCCCCUCAAAAUUUAUGAGUUUUUAGUUUUUAGUACAUAAUGCACACUGAGUGCAUUAAUGUCCAUAAACCUGUCCCUGAGUCUUUGAAUUUUGCACUUCAAUACAUGAAAAAUUAAGAUGGAUGAUGAUAUCAUCAGGACACUGCUUA